GUUUCUUUGUGCAGGUCGGGUGCCAAUGGAGCAGGCUCUGCCUCUGGCAGCAACCGGCGUCUUCAGCAGACUCAGAACCAAGUUGACGAGGUGGUGGACAUCAUGAGGGUCAACGUGGACAAGGUUUUGGAGAGAGAUCAGAAGCUGGCAGAGCUGGAUGAUCGUGCUGACGCCUUACAAGCUGGAGCCGCUCAAUUUGAGACAAACGCAGCCAAGCUGAAAAGGAAAUACUGGUGGAAGAACUGCAAGAUGUGGGCCAUCCUGAUCGGGGUGGUUGUGGUCCUCAUCAUCAUCAUCAUCAUUUGGAGCGUGUCCUCAUGAACCAGCAGAACACAAAGCCGCCUCAACAUGCAAACUCCUCCAUCUAACUUGCUCUGUUGCCAAGCUUUCCUACGGGUGCACGAAUCAACCAUUUAUUCUGGAUAGCUGUGUUAACUCUUAAUAGUUUGAGUGAUAGGCUUCGGCUUGCCAGCCUGAGGCCGCUAAGAAGUGUGCGAGCUGCAGGAGAAGAAACCUCAGACCUCAGAAUCAUGCGCUGAAAUCGCCACUUCUUGGACAAAUCAAUAUUUCCUCUCUCCCAGUUAGAGUCCGAGUAUUGCGGAAAAGGAAUGGGGAUCAGCUCUUAUUUGUGCCUUCCUAAAUUGAAUUAUUUUCUUACACACAAUUGUGGCAUAUACCGAACAAUCACUGCCUUCAUUAGAUGAUAGCAAUUUAUUGUUGGGGGGAGCGGGCCGUAGUGAGCAAACACUAUUCUGAUUUUAAGUCUCUUGCGAUGAUUUGUGCACUCGGAGCACUUAAACUAACCACAAAACCCUGCAAGUCUUUUGGAGGCAAACGCGGCACGGGGUCUGUCCUCACAGCUUAGUGCCUUAUCUGUCGGUUGGACCUGAACAAACGCCAUCAAGUAUGUUUCGCGGUUCUGCAGAGACGCAACGGAAGUUGCUUUUCAGCAAAACAAUCUCCACAAAGCAAAACAAAACACAACAGCACAAUGGUUUUCCAGAAGAAUCCUGACGUUUUGUAACAGUUGCCUGUUCUGUAUUGCCAAUGCGGUAAUUCUGCCCUUGGCAGGAGUCUGUCUUCUCCCACGGCUCCCAACAAGGCCACGUAUGGUGGUUGCUCCUCCAUGUCUCCAUUUCUCGCAUUCGUCUCCUCCUCCUCCUCCUCUCCUCCGUUUAGCACCCCGAAUUGCAGAUCACCAGUAAAAGCGAGAGCUGAUCCCGUAACUAUUCCACCAAGAUGUUGUGCGGUAUCUUGGGACCGUUUUUCUCCUCCUCCCACAAUGGGAAACCUUGUCGUAUUUCUGAUUUCUUCCAAUACUUCUGUAUAGGCUGGAAGUGCCGUGAUUGGAAUGCAGAGAGCGAGCUGCUCCGGCAUUCGUGUGACGGCGGUGGGUCUCGCCGAGUCUCCGCGCCGAACUUAACCUCCCUGAGUUGCCGUUCUUUCUACUAACGUCCAGCCUUCCUUACCCGGCUGCGCCUGCGAGGCAGGAGGGUGUCUCGCCCGCCGGCCCAGGAGGCAAACUUCUAUGGUAGCCAUUUAAUAAAGCGUGAUUGUCCGUCGCUCGGC